AUGGGGUGGCGGUUCAAGUUCGGCGGCCUUCUCGUCCUUGAUCUAAAAUAUUUAAUCCCCACACUGAUUUUUUUAUUAUACAGUACGGUGGUCUGCAGAUUAUCCUUCAAAGGAGGCCACAAAGAGCAGCGAUGGCUUCUUGGUAAUCUGCAAUUGGCCACAAAGGAUGAGGUACAUGGAGAUUGCCAGCUACCUUCCAUUGGUGUAUAUGCAAGCUACAGAGAAAACCAAAUAUGCACCAUGCCGAUAUGCUUCAUGACGAGUGUGCUUUUGUCAUCCCUCACCCUCUCAGUUGCUGACCAUGUGAUUAUGGUAGUCUACAAUUUGCUUAUGGGUUCUUCAUUGCUUGAUUUUUAUCUCGGACAAAAGAGGGCCAGCCACACCUUUGAAAUAAGCAGCGACCAUCCAGUCCAGAACAGACUGAAUCUGCUCGACAAAGUGUGAAAAUGCAAUUACUGCUUGGAAAAGUGUAAAAAAGGCCAGGGUAUCAUUUAUGUAGUUAUUUGGAAUGCAAGGUUAGGAAAUCCAAGAAAUAAGAUGAGAAGAGGAAUCUAGCAAAGGAAGGUGAAUCUUUUCUCUUGUGAAUACAACAAGAUUAUUGAAGAUUUUUGCUGCCAUGGAAUUGUGAGUUUGUGACUAUACAUUCUUGUGUCUUGAAGAUGUAUUGUCUCUGUAUGUGAAUGUCAAUAUCCAGGUAUGUAAGCAAGUCCUAACUUUUAUUCACAUAUUUAUCUAUGAAAUGCAUGCAAGCAAAUCACAUCUUACAGACAAAUGCCCCCUUAUAGGUAAAUGUGAUGAUUCAUAAAUUAACCGGUUGGAGAUAUGUAGAUAGUCAGGUGUACUGAUAACUGGAGUUUAGUGCUCAAAAUCCUUCUACCUUUUCUACUGACUGUAUUUUCUUGACGUCUUUAAGAGAAGAAUGAGUACUAUUAGUCAUUCUCUAUUAUGUACAAUAGUACAAUACUGGAGAUGUGAAUGGAUAAUGUUCAUUUAGUAUAGUAUUAGUAGAUGAUGUUUUUUCUUCUUCAGUCAACUCGUGUAUUUCCUGAUAUGUUCAGUCUAUUCCCAAAUUAGUUCGUAAAGUAGCCUUAACAAUUAUACAGUCUCUUUGUGUAUUAGUACUCUGUUUUCUUUGGUUUUUGGUCAGCUGGAAGAAUCAGUUUGUCAUAACAUGUGAAAAUGAUUUUAUUUACUUACACU